AUGAAAUGGCAUGAGUGCCCCGUACGUCACGUCAGGGUGGGGCAGCCAGAGGCCCAGAGCAGCCCGUCCGACGCGGGUUCUCUUCUCUUACAGACAGAAUGCUCCGGCUACUCGCGUAGCAAGAUUCCCCAGCUGCCGAGGCGGAUGGAGGAGUUCCAAGAAGCCGACGUCCUGUGGCCAUGGCCGGACACGCCGCCGCCAUCGCCGGAGGAGGAGGGGGGGAGCUACGACUACAACCUGCCGGCGGCGGCUCCCGAGCUGUACCAGUACGAUGCCGCCGCCGUCGUCGCCUUCUCGUGCGAACCGUUCAGCGAACCAGCUGCCUCGUGGAGCGCGAGCUCGACGAGCUCCACGUUGAGCGCCCUCCUGUCAUCCGACUGGUCUGACGACGGUGGCUUCUUCCUCUCUGGCGCUUCCACCGUUUCUGCCGCCGGGCUCGAGCUCGACGCGACGGAGGAGUUCCUGGAGGCGGACGUGCUGUGGCCGGACACCGACGCCGACGACGAGGCGGAGGACGACGAGUUUUUCUGGCUGCGGUGUCGUUCCCGUCAUAUAGAGGAGGCCGCCGCGUCGGCUGCGGCCGCUGUUUUCUGCGGUAAACGUGAAGGGUGCAGCGGGCCUUUGGCGGCGUCGUCUCCGAUCGAUAUCCCCAUGGUCACCAGAGGUGCCGCCGCCGCGCGUCGCCGUCGGCCGUGA